UAUGACAGUGUAGUGACCAAUGGUGUCUCCAAAGACACACACUAUUCUUCACACCAGUCUGAGGCUGCAUCUUCAUCCCCAGUUGGGGACAGCAGUGGCAGUGAAUUAGUCGGUGGGCUUGUGGUGCCACCUAGCCCCGUUGAACUACAGGGCCAAGAUGACAGUGAUGAGAUCAUCGUGACAAUAAACCGGUCUAAAACCAAUGGUGUGGAAUCUGAAAAUUCUAUACAACUGGACAGCAGUCCUGAAGCUCAGUCACAGUUGGAUCAAAUGUGGCAGCAGCUUGAGGCGGCGAUGGUGCAAAGCCAGGACCAGGUCCGUGGACAGCUCCAAGAAUUUGGAAUCGGGGAAGGGGAAGAAGAUUCAGAGUCAGAAGAGGGUCAGAUGUGGAGAAUUGUUCAAGGGGAUUCUCCUUAUACUAUACAACUAGUAUGAUCCUGGAGAAAAGGCACUUCAUAGAUUGUGGAAGAAAAAUUGGAUAUACUACAUACAUCACAUUGAUUCAAAGAUAACAAAGGCCCAUAGUCCUUAAAGGGCUGAUUUCUAUGCUCAAAUAGCAACUAUACAAUUUCAGAGUUUUUAUUUCGGGAAGUAUAACGAAUUAGAUAUGCUUGGCUGUAAUGUAAAGGUUUAAAAAAUGUAUAACCCUUCUAUGUGUAAAGUGUUGUGAAAGCCUUGAAUUGCAUAACUGUUAAUUACUUUUCAUUGUUAAAUCAAAAUAUUGGAUUUGUUAUUUAUACCUUAUUUAUUAUAAUUAACUUUUAAACAUUGAGAGUCAGCUGGUCUGAAAAAAAUGUCAUCUUUUAAUUGGAAAAAAAUAUCACUAUUCAGAAUUUAUUAGCAUUUUAUUCAUUUCAAUUUAACAGUAUUUGCAUGUAUGUUCACCGGACUCUCUCUCCGAUACUGGUAAAAUGAUGGGAAACAGUUUAAAUUGCAACUCAAGGGACACAACUCUUUGGACAAGCUUUUAUUUUGAUGUGAUCGAAAUAAGUCCAUGAAAAAUCAUAAUAACCAUAGAAGCCGAUUAUUUUUUAUUUAGGAUGUUUGGAAGGUUAAAAAUCUCGAGGAUAAAUCAUGAACCCUUUAUCAAUAUGCAUCAUAAUUGAUUAAUGGCUCCUGAGCGUGAAUAUUUCAUUGUCAAAGAAGAGCUCCAAAAACAGCACAUUAUAAAAGACCUGCUGUUUAGGAUAUGUUGGAGAUGCUAGACACUCAAUCUCUUUCCUCUGAUGUUUGCCUUGGUUUGUAUGUUUUCAAGGGAAAUGUCGCCAGGGGAUAAAGAGCAUUGCCAUUCUACAUCAAAGGGGAGUAAUCCAUCAUAGGUAAAUCAUUUUAAGUAAAUUGGACUUAAUUUAUGGAAGGAAAGAGGGUUAGGUAUGAGCCUUGUUAUUUUGUGUAAAGCUCUGAAUUUGUAAAAAAAAAAUUCAACCAAGCAAUGCUGGAGAUGAGUAAAAAUCUGUAUGUAUUAUAUUAGUGGUCCAAUGUAAUCGUACCAUUGUGUAUUUCUAUAUUUAUCACAGUGAAAGUGAAGGAAGAAUGGCUUGGAGCUGUUUGAUAGAAGUCUUAGGCUUCUUUGCAGGUGUUCGUACCAUAACAGCUGCCACAUUAGAUCUGCUGUUCAAGUGUAAAACAAUUGUGAUAAUGCUUUAGUGAAAUGUGAAAAGCUUGUCCAGCAAUAGUUGUAGUUCUUGUGUUUAAAUGCUCUGAAUGUGCAAGUGAAAAAGUGAUGUUGAAUGCAUUCUACAUAAUUGAACAAAUUUGAAUAGGUACCUUGCAUCAUAUGCAUAUGUUAGAUAUACAAGUUACUAUUAUUAAUUUUAUUAUUAAAAUGUAUUUAUAAUAAUUAUUCUGUGUAUAUUGCAUUUAUAGAUUUAUUAAAUACCUUGAAUCAAUUAAUGCAUGAGUUUGUAUAUUGAAGCUGCAGUGAAGUCAGCCCACAUGUUAUAUAUGGUUAUGUACAUUGUGUAGUUACUGUUGGACAUGAUAAGUCAUUUUGCAGGCAUUAACAUUACCGUGAUUAAUCAUUCAUCUAGUCCAACUCUUUGCCCAAUUUGUGCCAGUGACACGCACAUGGUUAAAACAUUUGAAGUUCAGUAUUAAUUUACAGGACUUCAUUGUUCUCUGUUGAUUAAAGAUGAAUCAAUAAAUUUUUUUAUGUAAUUGUCAGUGCUUGCUUAUUUUAAUAUACAAUAAUAUCGUAUUCUCAGAUUUUUUUUUUUUCUUUACAUUUUGUUUAUACCCGUGGAGGAUACAAACAAGUGUUGUGACCUAACAGGAAGAGAAGACCGUCUUUUACACUUUUGCACUGCAUAUUUUUGUUGUUAUCAAAUUAUUGUUAUUCAAACAAAUAUAUUUGUUCUUCAAUUUUGCCUAUGCCAGUUUUUUUUCAAAGGCAUGAUGUCGUGGUUUAAGAUAUAAGUUUGGCCUGAAAGUAAAGUAUGAAUACAGAGUUGUGUACUGGAAAUGUGAUAGAUGAUUUGUAAAUAGCUUUGUUGUAAAAAGCUACACAUGUGAUAUGCUAAAUGAAAUCUUCAUUCCAUUGUCACGCUUUACCUGUCCAAUAAAAUACCCAACAAAUAUAAAACAAAAAAAAUAUUUCAACGUAAGAAAUCUUACUGUGUAUCUUCAAUGUUGAAUAAAGUUCAGACUUUGCUGAGGAAUUUAACCAUAAACUAUAGUUGUUUCUAUUCAAAUGUUUUUUUGAUAAUGUCUUCAUUACCUCAAAGAUUUUGUGUUUGAAAUGAUUUAAAAACAAACACUUUUUUUUUUAUUUAAUAAUUUUUUUUAUGUCCUCAAAGCAUUCAUUUUGAGAGACUUAAAUUCACUAUAUUACAAUUUAGUAUCAACCUUCAAGUUUAAUCAUCUCAUUUGAAGCCAAAUUCAAAAUUCUAUCAUUUUUCAUACCUCACCUCAAAUUAUUAUGUAAAUAAGUAAUUUCAAUAGGUGACAGAAAAAUGAUUGAUCAUAAAUUACAUGCAUCUAGCAGUGUUCAAGUUGUAUAUGGUUUUAAGUUCCUCACCAUUAUUUACUACAUCUUUGUGAAUGAUCUGAAGUAAACAAGCAACUUGUGGUGACAUAUUAGAAUUCAGUAGAAAGUGAUAAAAAUCAAUGAGUGAUGUAUUUUCAACAAUUUCAUAUGUUGAAGAAUACUUGUCUUUCAUGGAAUAUUUUGUUGUGAUCUAAGCUAUGUUUAAGAUGCUGGUGCUUUAUUUUCAGUAGAGUUAUCUACCUUUCUUAGUCUGGAAAAUGAAGAUAAGCAUAUCACUCACUUAUCGUUAACGUGAAGUUUCACUUAAAUGUUAAACCAACAUUUGUCAGUGAUUAAGUCUUUGAAAAGUAGUACCCAAAGAUGAUAAAAUUACCACCAAAAAUGAGAUAUAUCACAUAGAAAUGAAACUGAGAAUUCAUUCAUCCAAAUUUUAUGUCAAUCAUUUUUUGUGUAGGUGAAACUUACAUUGCAUUAUACUGUUAACGAAAAAAAAACCCAACCUAAUAUGUAAUUCACCUAUGUGUUUCACUCUGUCAUGAAAUAUCGGUUUCUUAUACAUUUAUUUACAGUGUGAAGGUAACUGGCCGUUAUUAGUGGUGGCUAUAUUUGACUUAACCAGAGUCCCCAUGGAUUGGUAAGCAUUACAUGGGGGAAGGUUCUUGAGUAUCCUGCAGAGCGUCAGUUGUCCAAAUGUUUUAAUACUAUUGAUGAUACCAAUAUGAAAUAAAAAUAUUGAAAACAUGAGAAA